UUCAUCCAAAACGAGUUACAACUUAUAACACUAAAGCUCCAGUAGUUUGAAGUAUGAGUAAGUGCUAAAUAUUUUCAAGAACAACAAAUUGUGGUGACAUCAGUUAAAGAAGCGCACCAGGUGUCAUUUUCAGCACCUUGGAGAGGGACACGACUCAAUAUUCAAAACCACGUAGUUUUUACAGUUUAUUUUUUUAAUUUGCUUCAUUUAACUUAAACAAAUUAACUUCUUACAUUACCUUUCACGUUCCCCAAUUAUAUGCCAUUUUAUUUCCCAGUUAACUGCAGUAUCAAACAUCCCCGUCCAAUCACAGGAGAAGUGUUCCUUAUCAUGUUUCCAUUUAUUUUGCAAAUUUCAGCUGCAAUUCGAUUUGAUGAACUCACAGUGCCGCUGUUGGCCAGUUUGUAUCAGAUUUACUGCAGACUCUUUGUACCUCCCAUCGUGUCUUUAUUUCAGAGAGAGAAAAAGACAGAAGCAACGCGCACUGUCUGGAUUUUACCGGAGAUAUUGUUCAUCGAAUCCAUUUUCAAGCCAGGAAUAUACUUAAAAGGCUGAGUUGACGAUUAAAUUGGGGACCACGAUUGUCCAAAAGGCGCUGGUGGUUUAAACUGGGAUCACGUCGGACAGAACAAUGAGGGGACACGUACUGCUGCUGUUGUCGGUCCUCUCCCUCCGCCCGGCGCUCGGUCAGGUCAGCUAUUCCAUUCCUGAGGAAAUGCCCAAAGGUUCUCUCGUUGGAAACAUGGCAAAGGAUUUUGGCUUAGACGUAAAAAGACUGAAAUCGGGUAAAGCUCGCAUUUUCACUCCAGACAGUGACGAAUAUAUUGAGCUGAAUAACGAGAGAGGAGUCCUCCUCAUCAAAAAUAGAAUAGACCGAGAGGCGCUCUGUGGACAAACGACGCCUUGCGCUUUGCAUUUUCAGAUAAUAUUAGAGAAUCCGAUGGAAUUUUACAGCGUGACUAUUGAAGUCACAGAUGUUAAUGAUAACCCUCCGUCCUUCGAAAAGAACGACGUCAGAUUCAAAAUAAGUGAAUCCGCUGUUGGUGGGGCGAAAUUCAUAUUAGAUCGUGCAGCUGAUCCUGAUGUAGGCUCUAAUGGACUGCAAACAUAUAGACUUCAGCCGAGAGAUAAUUUUAAUAUUAAGUUACACGAUCAAGCAGAUGGAACGAAAAAUGUUGAAAUGAUCUUAGAGAAACCUCUUGACAGAGAAAAGCAUGAACACUUGUCUUUGGUUCUGACGGCGGUGGAUGGGGGCGAGCCGCAGAUGACCGGAACAAUGCAGAUUCUAAUCACUGUUUUAGACGCUAAUGAUAAUCCCCCGGUUUUUACGCAGCCAAUUUAUAAAGCAUCGAUUAAAGAAAAUUCACCUGUAGGAACAGUAGUAGUUACAGUUACUGCAACAGAUGCAGACCAGGGAACGAAUGGUAUAGUCACUUAUUCAAUUUCAAGUAUAUCAGAUCACGCCCGCGGUCUAUUUGAAGUAAAUAAUGAAAGUGGUGAAAUUCGACUGAAAGGAAACAUUGACUAUGAAAAAGCUCGAACAUUUCAGAUAAACGUUCGUGCAAGUGACGAGGGAGGACUAGCUGACUCCUGUAAAGUGAUGAUCGACGUCACUGACAUGAAUGACAAUAAACCCGAUAUUCAUAUAAUGUCGAAAUCAAACGUGAUAUCAGAAAAUUCCGAACCCGAUACAGUUGUGACAAUGAUAAAUAUUAAGGACGCAGACUCGGGUGACAAUGGUAAAGUCCAGUGUACUAUGAAUGAUAAUAUUCCUUUCGUUAUGAAGUCAACAACCAAUCAUUUCUACAGCUUAGUGACAGACAGUGAGUUGGACCGAGAGAGAGCCUCUGAGUAUAAUAUAACAGUGACGUGCUCUGAUGAGGGAGUGCCCUCCCUCUCCAGCAGCGUCACUCUCACCUUACAGAUCUCUGAUGUGAAUGACAACGCGCCUGUCUUUGAGAGCAGCUCAUAUGAGGCCUACAUUGUAGAGAACAACACACCAGGUCUCUCGAUAUUCACAGUGAAAGCCAGAGACGCUGACUGGAACCAGAAUGCCCGAGUUUCUUACAUACUGGAGGACUCCUCUGUUAACGGAGUGCCAGUCUCCUCAUACGUGUCGGUUAGUGCUGAUAGUGGAGUCAUCCAUGCAGUGCGCUCUUUUGACUACGAGCAGAUCAAAGAUUUCCAGUUCCGGGUCAAAGCUCAGGACGGAGGCUCUCCUCCUCUCAGUAGUAAUGUGACAGUGAAAGUACUGAUCCAGGACCAGAACGACAACCCCCCUCAGGUCCUGUACCCAGUCCAGACUGGUGGCUCUCUGGUGGCUGAGAUGGUGCCUCGUUCAGCAGAUGUGGGCUAUCUGGUCACUAAAGUGGUGGCUGUUGAUGUGGACUCUGGACAGAAUGCCUGGCUCUCCUACAAACUGCAGAGAGCCACCGACAGGGCGCUGUUUGAAGUGGGCUCACAGAAUGGAGAAAUCAGAACGAUCCGUCAAGUGACUGAUAAAGAUGCAGUGAAACAGAGACUGACUGUGAUAGUGGAGGACAACGGGCAGCCCUCUCGUUCAGCUACAGUCGUUGUUAACGUGGCGGUGGCGGACAGCUUCCCUGAAGUGCUGUCGGAGUUCACUGACUUUACUCACGACAAGGAGUACAACGACAACCUGACUUUUUACUUAGUGUUGGCUCUGGCUGUAGUCUCCUUCCUCUUCAUCACGUGUCUAGUGGUUAUUAUCUCAGUGAAGAUCUACAGGUGGAGACAGUCUCGCGUCCUGUAUCACUCCAAUCUCCCUGUGAUUCCAUAUUAUCCACCACGUUACUCAGACACUUUGGGGACAGGGACUCUCCAACACGUGUACAACUACGAGGUGUGCAGGACGACUGACUCCAGAAAGAGUGACUGUAAGUUCGGCAGAGCUGGUAGUCAGAACGUGCUGAUCAUGGAGCCCAGUUCUACAGGGACGAUGCAGAGGAUGCAGAGUGAAAAGAGCAUCCUGGAUGAACCAGACUCUCCUCUAGAGCAAAAGCCCCCCAACAACGACUGGCGCUUCACACAGGGACCGAGACCUGGACCUAGCGGACCCCACAUGCCGUACGGUACACACAUACGAUGGACGCCGCAGAGUGGGAAAAGGGCUACUGGAGGACCUGAGGUUGCCAUGGGAACUGGUCCCUGGCCCCAGCCCCCGACUGAGGCUGAGCAGCUCCAGGCCCUGAUGGCUGCAGCGAACGAAGUGAGCGAGGCUACUGCCACCCUGGGGCCCGGCACCAUGGGCCUGAGCACCCGCUACAGCCCCCAGUUCACCCUGCAGCACGUGCCCGACUACCGCCAGAACGUCUACAUCCCCGGCAGCACGGCCACCCUCACCUCCAACCCCCAGCAGCAGCAGGCCACCGCCCAGCAGGCGGCCCAGCAGGCGCUGCCCCCGCCCCAGAUGUCGGCACAGCCCGAGCCCCCCAAGGCCGCCCAGACCCCUGCCUCCAAGAAGAAGUCCACCAAGAAGGAGAAGAAGUAGAUCUGGACGGCGAGAGGAGGAAUGAUGAGCCCGGCCGGAUCUGAUGAGAAAUCCAACCCCCCGUAUCCCCCCAUUAGGUAUCUCACUGCUCUGCUGUCACUCAUGCGAGCCACGGUCUAAUUAAUGACAGCAAAUCAAUUUUGGCCGCAUGGACGAUGUUGAUGGUUCUUUGAGAGAUCGUCUUGAAGAAUCAGAAUGUGUUGAAGGCUGUCGAUGGUGUUGAUAACCCCGUGCUGUGCUAAAGGUCUCGUGUUGCUCCUGUGAUCUUUGUUGGUAGAUAUUUUUGGCAGGGUAUGGGGGGUUAUUGUGAUUUUUUUCUUUCUUUUUUUCUUUUGGCAAAAUCAAAUGAACUUGGACAAAGAGAUUCAGUGUAACAAACCUUGCUGGGAUGACAAGGUUAUACGCAGUGAUGUAUUAAGAGGUGAAAUGUUGAUGUCUUUCAUGUUGGAUUUAUUGUUCUUUCCCGGAGAUGGAAAGUCAGCCGUUGUAAAGUACGCUAGUUGCCAUCCAUUAGAUUCCUAUGUACGAUCAGCCUUGCAGGGUCCUGAAGCAUAAGUCCUGUGGAUAUGAGGCUGUUGAUCGACAGGUAUUACAAACUCGUCUGCAUGCUCUUUGAGGUUCAAACCACAUAUACUAGUUUAGAGUUACAAACUAUGCAUUGCAAAAGCAAAGAGGCCGACACCCUGAGUCUAUUAUCCUCGCUCCAAUCGCAGGUCAACACAAUGCACAUGUAGCAUUUACUUGACUCAAAAUGAAAAUUACCUUUGUAAUCAUAGUUUAAAAGAUAAGAUUUUAAGCUCCUGUUGGUUGGUUAUUUUUUUUGAUGACCUGAGCAUGCACCCGGAGGAAGGGCUGGUCACAGGGUGGAGUGGCAUGACAUCGUUUAAUGGAGUCACAAGCCAUGCUGUCCUCGCAGGUGGUGGAACAGCAGGGGACCGGCUCCUGGUGUAGCACUUCCAGAUGGGCACAGACAUGUCCUGCACCCUUUACCGUCCCCUCUUCACAUCCAGCUCGUGUCCUCCCCUCACUCACUACCCCACGUUGAGAGCCAAACAAAGAAAAUGCACUGUUCGUACUCUGAAGGUGAGAUGAUGUAGGGGGUAGUAUAUCACGUCGGUCUUUAGGGAAAACGCGUAGAUGUGGUAAACUUAAGUGCUUAGGAGUUUCUAGACACUUUGCAGGCCUCUAGGGCCUAGAUGGAGUAUCUCCCCUCACUAUCCUGAAGUGCUGGAGAAAACGUAUUUGAUGUGACACAAUAACAUGCUUUCUUUUUCUUUGGGAGAUAACGAUUCAAUAGCAUAGAGGAAUUGUUUGCAUAAGAAGUUAAGUCUUUGCGUUGCCGUCCAUCUGUCCGUCAGGCCCCUGGCCAGAUACAAGUGCAUGAGAAAAAGGCAGCUUGCAGGCUGAGUCAGGGUGAGUGGAGGGCGUGGUGAAGGGUACGCCGGCGGAGGUGGCACCGUCACAUCAGCCAGGAGGGUGGGGAACAACCUUGGCUCUACCCACUGAAUGUACAGAGGAACCGCUGUUGACCUGCCCACUCUCUAAACUUUCUCUAAUGCACUGACCCAGGUAGAGGUCAACUGAGCCCGGCUCGGCUGACACCACCCGACAGCCUUUUGAAACAUCCGUCUCCACUGAAAACAACGGGAAACCUCCACCUCUGUACCGCUCACCUCUCCCCUCCACUCCCUGGUCCUGUGAGCCCCCUCUCCACUGUAAAUAAACACAAGUCCUGUCGAUGGUAUGAGCCAGUUCUUUGUAAAGUAGGGACCACGUCCAACAUUUUCAAAAUAAAAGUCCCUCUCCACAAGGCGUGGCUCACUACUGGAAUGUGUUGCAUUUUGUUUUUCAAGAAAAAUAAGAAAACCACAGUUUGAAAAAAAAAAAAAUCAAUAAUGAGUAAAAAUCUGAGAUGUUCUUCAACAGUUUGUGUUGCAAUGUAGUAACUAAGCACCAUGGAAGCCAACUAACUCUUCAGUGUAAAUAAACAAAUUAAAGAUAACUUUAGAUAAGUAAACAAAGUGACACACGUAGACUAGUUAACUUGUGAUCUGUGUUGCGCAUAUUUUUGUGUUCAUUUUCUCUCUACUAUCUUUUAUCACCCUGUAAAGAAAGAAAACAAAAAAAAUGGAAAUGUUUCUAUCCUUCUGUAACCUCUUAAUGUUCUUUUGCCGUGAUUUUAUCUUGUGCAUUUGUGAAAGAAUGCCUCUCUUUCUGUCCAUAUGAACAAAUGAUUAUAAAUAUUAUAUAUGUGUACGUCCGUCCGCUGCUGAAUUAAUACUGCUCUAUCCUGCUGUAUUAUCUUUCUUAUCAAAUGCUUAGCCCCCACGCUAUACCCCUGUGUUACUCUCUUAUUUUUAUGCUAAUAUUUAUAUUGCUGUUUUAUUUUCUCUUGGACACUGACAUUUCAAAUAAAAAGAUUCUGAAAUCAUUGAAGAAA